AUGACCACCAGCGAAUUCUAUAAUAUCGUAAAGCUCGUGCCCCAACCGGGCAAAUUCAACCAGGUCCUGGAAGCAUUCAUAUCGUUCUCGGAGCAUGUUCAGAAGAGCGAACUAAAGACGCAGGUCUACUGCGCUCUUCGGCCGGAUAAGUCAGAGGAGUUAGUGCUGAUUGAGAAGUAUACCGACGUGGAUAAUCUGAAGGCUCAUGGAGCGUCUCCUGAGUUCCGGAAGUUCUCGAAGGCUAUUGGGCCUUUGCUGGCCAAGGCUCCAGAGAUGACCAAGGCGGGUUUUGUUGCUGGAUUUGAGGGGAGGUCGAAGCUUUAG